AUGUCACAGAGGGGAAAUUAUUUUGUUCCUUCUGGAUGUCUUUUAAGUAGAUUUUGGUAUCGCAAUAAACCAUUAAAGACGCAACAGAUGGUUUAUUUUCGAUUAGAGACUGUAGAGCAAGCAACAUACGACUAUAUCGAGCAACAAUCAGUUUUUUACAGCUCAUCAGUUUGGCGCUAG